UCAUGAUUCAUCCAGCGCCGUCAUUAACAGACACACCAAAUCAACAUUAGAUUCUACAAUGGAAUCCAAUCGUACUAGUUUAGGAACGGCAAAACCUGUGCCGCUGCCAUUUGUUUAUCAACUGCUUGCUGGUGCUGUUGCUGGAGUGACCGAAGUCACUGUCAUGUAUCCACUCGAUCUUGUCAAGACACGGCUACAACUACAAGUAACGACCUCACGCGGCGUUCACACCCAAGCGGCUGCUGUCGCCAGGAGCGCCAUUACUCAUUCCACAAGACCAGCAGCAACGGUUGAGAUAGCAGCCCCAUACACAUCUAUUUUUGAUUGUCUACGUAAAAUUGUUCAACAAGAAGGCGCUCUUAACCUCUACCGAGGCGCCUUGCCACCACUUCUGGCAGAAGCCCCUCGUAGAGCUAUAAAAUUUGGAGCAAACGAACAAUGGGGUUUCGCGUUCAAAAAGCUAUUUGGACUGGAUCAGUUCACGGCACCACAAGCAGGAUUCGUUGGAUCAAUGGCAGGAGCGACAGAGGCCUUCUUUGUCACGCCAUUCGACCUAGUAAAGGUCCGUCUACAGGACCGAAAUAGUGUAGCCGUUUACAAUGGGACAAUUGAUUGUCUUCGCAAGGUUUCCGCUCAGGAAGGCAUCAUGGCAUUCUAUCAUGGAAUUGAAGCAACCGUGUGGCGACAUGCGACAUGGUCGGGUAUCUACUUUAUGACCAUCCAAGCCUUUAGGACUGCAUUCCCUGAGCGAUCUGGGACGCCAAAGAACGAGAGUAUGCUACGGAACUUCGUAGCAGGAACGAUAGGUGGUAUAUUCGGCACAAUCGUCAACACACCCUUUGACGUCGUAAAGACACGAAUUCAAAACCAAAUGAAGGGCGAUACCAAAUAUGGUUGGACGUUUUCAAGUAUUCGGAAAAUCGCCCAUGAAGAAGGAAAGCGAGCAUUGUUCAAAGGGCUGGCGCCUAAGAUUGUACGGCUUGGCCCAGGAGGUGGCUUGUUACUUGUUGUUUUUGAUCGCGUCUCAGAUCUAAUGAGGAAACAGAUUGUAGUAGAGCCAUCCUCCAAACCUACAGCAAGUUUAAUGGCUACUUCAUAAUGAAAUGAAUGGAUGAAAUCCAGAGCAUACAAGUGUACAAUAAAUAUCUUUAUCAUAGCAAUUAUCAUGGCAUGAGCGAAGUAAAUAUAUUUUUAUGCAAGGGUAUAUUACUAUAUGACGGGAUGGAGUGAGGUACUGGAUGAUGAAGACCAUAUUUGUUACUCAGCAACCAUUGGUGUUGAGGCAGAAGCAGGCUCUUCCUUCUCGUUAUGGUGCUUAGGACCCAUC